AAUUUGGAGUAACCACCCCGCAUCGAAUGUGAACUAGGAACCACUUACGUGGAAUUGCCAGCCCUCGUCGAAUUGGUUGGCUUGGCAACUGGCCCAGGAAAACUGGCCAAAACAUUGGACAUCCUGGCGUUGCCCGUGACGACUACCUGUCGCAGUCAGCUGUCCGCUGGUGGCUGGUAAAUAAACAAGCUUUUCCAUUCAAUCACAAAUAGAGUUGCAGUGAAAACCGACCAAAUUUCGAUAGAUAUAUUCACAAAAAUGGCCCCGUGCUAGAUGGGUUUACUGUGCGCCAAGCUGCGCGACUGCUGUUGUUACCAAACCAUCAGCUGUUGUCGGACCAGUUCGCCUCCGAUGGAGGAAUUCCAGGUGCUGAUCCUUGGACCCUCGGGCAGUGGCAAGACGGAGCUGGGACAUCGCUUGAGCAGAGUGCCACGUGCCCAGGAUGACCAGGAGGCCACGAAUGGAGUGCGUUGCUAUCAAAUGAAGUCAGCAGAGGAGCCACCACCUGCACGGCUUCAGCUCACCGAAGUCGGUGGCAAUGCGGAGAUGCAGCGCCUGUGGAAGCACUAUUAUGCGUCCUCGCAUGCCCUGAUAUAUUGCUUCGAUCUGGGUGCGGAUCCAAUGGAAAUGGAGGGCACAUUCACACUGCUAACCGAUUGCCUUGUGGGCACUCAGCUGGCUGGUAAACCAGUGCUCCUGGUGGCAUCACGUCAUCGGGUUGGAGUCCAGCUGUACGACGUGGAAUAUGCCUUCGGUUUGGAGGAGCUGGCCAAAUCCUGCGGCUGCUCACUGCUCAUCUGUCACAUGGACGAGACGGAGGACUUGCAGCGGGGAAUUCGAUGGCUAUGCCACCAGUUGAUGGCCAGAAAAACGCAAUUGGAUCAGCGGAUUCGAUACGAUGUAAAUAUGCAGGUUUGGCAGCGUCGAAAGAGAUCGCUUUUACCCAGCGCAAAACUAGCUCAAGUUCAUAGACAUCGUUUUCGGCGACAGACACGAAAGAUAUUGCCUGCUAUCCAAGGAUUUGGUGGAACAAAAAGAAGGCCCAGUACAGCACCACCCAACAUUUUCUUUGUAAAUUCGCAGCCAGAAGAAACUAACUAGUUUUGAAAAAAAAAGUGAUCAAGUGCGCAUUUAAAGUGCCAAAAAAAAUGAAAUUAAACCAUUAAAGUGUUUUUACCAGUGGCUAUUUUUGCCCUUAGUUCAGUCUAGUAAUUGUAACAAAAACAUGUUGAAUUAAAUGUGAAACCCUUUUAUUCAAA